AUAUACAAAGGGUCGUGUCCCGUUCCCGUACACGGCUGGAUAGAUCCCCUCCCUCCCUUUCGCUCUCCCUGCCCUGCCUGCCUGCCUGUCUGUCUCCUCGCCCUCCACUCCGCCCCGCCGCCUCUCCGCAUCCACGCCCACCGGCAACACUCACUGCAAAGGGGAGGGAUCCGCCACGAGGGCCGCGCUGCGGGACGCCAUGGACUUCACGGCCGCGUCCAGCAGCAGCAGGCUCUCCAGAGAGGGCGAGGAGGAGGAGGGGGAGGAGCAGGAGAUGGAGGAGGAGGAGGAGGGGGACGAGCCCUCCCCGCGUGAGAUCCCCUUCAUGCCGCCCGCCGCCUCCCCGCCUUCCGUCUCUCCUUCCACCGCCGCUGCCUCGGCCUCCGCCUCCGCCUCCGCGUCAACCUCUCCCUUCCGCUCCAGCGACGGCGCGGGCGCGUCCGGGAGCGGCGGCGGCGCUGGGCCCGACGUCGACGCCGAGCCGAUCGACAAGGAACACAUGUUCGACAAGGUGGUCACGCCCAGCGACGUGGGGAAGCUCAACCGGCUGGUGAUCCCGAAGCAGCACGCGGAGAAGUACUUCCCGCUCGACGCCGCCGCCAACGACAAGGGCCUCCUCCUCAGCUUCGAGGACCGCGGCGGCAAGCUCUGGCGCUUCCGCUACUCCUACUGGAACAGCAGCCAGAGCUACGUCAUGACCAAGGGCUGGAGCCGCUUCGUCAAGGAGAAGCGCCUCGACGCCGGCGACACCGUCUCCUUCUCCCGCGGCGCCGCCGACGCCGCGCGCGACAGGCUCUUCAUCGACUGGAAGCGGCGCGCCGACCCGCACGCGCGCCUCGCGCGCAUGCCCAUGCCCAUGCCCAACGCGUCGCCCUACGGGCCGUGGGGCGCCGGCCCCGGCGGGUUCUACAUGCCGUCCGCGCCUCCGGCCACGCUCUACGAGCACCACCGACUGCGCCAGGGCUUCGACUUCCGCACCAGCAUCAAUGCCGCCGCCUCCGCUGGCCAGCCCAGGCCGCAGGUGCUCUACUUCGGCUCUCCGGGACUGCCUCCUCAGCACGCGCACAUGCCGCCUCCGCAGCAGCCGCAGCAUCCUCAUCCGCUGCACAUUGCGGUGCAACAACCCAGCCCCGCGGUGACGCUCGGCGUGCCCAUGGUCCUCGACUCCGUGCCAAUCGCCAGCAGCCCUACCGCCGCCUCCAAGCGCGUCAGGCUGUUCGGAGUCAACCUCGACAACCCACAGCCUUACGGUCACGGCGGCGAGUCAAGCCAACAAGACGCCAACGCAUUGUCGCUGCGGAUGCCCGGAUGGCAAAGGCCGGCACCAUACAGGCUCCACGAACCGCCUCACCACGCACCAGCAGGAGCCGAGUCUUCUGCCGCCUCGUCGCCCUCCUCAUCGUCAUCCUCCAAGCGAGAAGCGCAUUCCUCCUUGGAUCUCGAUCUCUGAACGGUAUUUGGUCACCUCUCGAUCGGAAGCAUAGCCAAGGAAAGUUCAGCAAUUCCUUCCUCAUCAGUUUGGCACCUUCUUUUUUGUUUCCCCCUCUUCCUCUCCACUUUUUGCGAUCCAUUAUAACAUCAACCGAUAGGAACCAGCGGUAUUUGACAUUUUGUUUUUUCGGUUUUGUUUUCGCCAAUCAAAUUCUUGGUGUUGGUUUCAGAAUUAAUUAAUAUAUAGAGAAAUUAGCAGAGUUGUUUCGAAUGAGAUUGGUCUCCAUUGAUAUAUAUUCACCACUACUAUAUCGCACUAUAGCUCAUGACUUCUCCGUGCUAUUUUUCUCCGUGACUAAUCUCUUGCUCCUCAGUUUGGUAGACCAAUUCCAACCUACAUAUGAUAACACACACCUCCAAAUUUUGCACUACCCCAACAGCACUACUGCUAAGAUCUGAAUCAUAUGACCACAGCUGCAGUGUGAUCUACAUCUUUCCAAACUGGCGCAGUAUGUGAGUGAUCUUCUCCCCUAGGCCCAAGCUUCAACGCUGCUCCCACAAAGCAAUUUGAUGCAAAGGCAUUGACGGCGGAUUUACCGAUCGAUGAUGCUAAGAGCAGCCACUGGACAAGCUGCUGCAUACGGGCAUAUAUUGCAGGUUUUAAUAACUAUGCUGCUUGCCAGGUCCUGCAUGCAUGGCUUAUUGGCUUUGCUUGAAUUGUCUCUUGUGCUGCCGUCACAGGAUUUUGUUCGUACAAUGGUUUGGUCUCCACGUGGCUAAGCUCAUUUUCAUAUACUCAUAUAUGUUGUGAAAAGAAUAGAUAUCCUAAUGUAGUUUAAGUAUGGCUAAUCAGGCACGUGCAAGUCUCCAUGUAGUGAUGAAAUCGUUGGGAUUAUUAUCACAAGGUCGCUCAGAAACAUCACAACCGGCUGGCCGUACAUAGAUUGCUGCUCAUUUCCUGAUAGAGCACCGUUUGCCGAGAGCCAGAUAUGGAGGUGGAGGAGGUGGAGCCGUGGAGGAGAUGAAAUUGUGCGGAGCCAUGGAGGUGACGAGAGGGAGAGAGAGCGGGUGAAAGGGUAAGAGACAAAGUCGCAUGGCAGAUAGACAAAGCCCCAUGCUGCUGCUGCCAUGGACAGCAGCAUGCAGAAGAGAGAUGAGAUGUGGAUGUAGCGGCGAUCGAGACAGGGAGAUAGAUGGUCAUGGAUGGAAGCAUCAGGCACAAUGAUAUGAUGGUGCUUCCUCGUCACGCCUUGGGUGGAGUUGAGAUGGAGAAAGUUCAGAGCUCUGGCCGAAUGCAUGGGCAGAUAACUAACUGGAGCUGGGGGAGACGCGAGAUCUCUCUGAAUUGUUUUUUCACCCCACGAAACUAGUGAAAACGACGGCUCAGCAGAAAGAGCGAGUGGCCAACCCACUGUUCAAAGAUGCCAUCGAUACAGUCCAGGCGCAGCCAUCAAUUAGUUUCGCAUAGCUGGAGAAGGGGCCACCCCUAAAAAGGCUAGCCUGGCCCUGACAUGUGGGGCCGGAACACAACAGAAGACAGUGUGGUCCUCAGUAAAAAUAUUGAGGACGUUGUGGUCCUAUGUAAAAUUAUUGAAGUAAGACGAAAGAUAUAUACGAUGCGCUCAGGAAACCACAGAAGCAGGCUUCUCGUAAGUCGUAACCGGCAGCCCCCUACAGUGGUCAUACCAGUAAAAAAAUGCUAACGUUUUGGGCAAGGUAUAUGUAAAUUUGACAACUUUUGUCCAGCUUCAAACAAUGUUUUGAUUCUACCA